AGACACAAUUCAGGGCUACAUGUUCAAGCAUUUGAAUGGCGCAUUGCCUUGUGGGUAAGCAAUGUCUGCGCCCUGUUUGACAGUAAGGAAAGACACUUCACGUUGACAUGCCCAUAUCGUACUUUUUAACGCGUGGGUCAUCGUCGGAUGUUUUCACAUAACCCGGACCAUGUCGGGAAUCGUCGAAAAGGACAACGCCGGCAAGACGCUUUCACGAGCACUGACCGCCGAAUUACUGGCAAAGAACUUCGACAAACUGCCGGACAUUGACCGCAAGCUCUUCCUGUACGGGCCCAUGUAUCUGGCGGGGAACGGGGGACUUGCGGGGCUGAUCGCAAACAGCUUGUACCGCCGAGCUCUGAACGUCACACAGGCGCCCAUCACCUCCAGCCUUCCGAUGGCCGUGCUGCCCUUUAUGACGACAUACGUUCUCUACAACGCCACGGUGUCAAGCCCUCUGCUGUCCGGGGACCUCAAUUGCCCCACCUGCGCCCUCGUGCGAGGCGCACUGGUGGGUGUGUUCGGCGGCGCGGUGUAUCCCGUUAUCCUGGCCUUACCCGUCAACAUCGGCCUUGCGUCCAGAUACAACACGGCACCGAUGCCGGAGAAGGGAAACGUCCUCCGGUACUGGAUGGACCUCUCCAGGCCCAUCCUGACGAAGAUGAGGGCAGUUAUUGUCCUCCAGGCCUUUUUCGGUACCUUCCUGAGCUCCAGGCACUUUGAAAGCUACAGCACACUGGCCAAGCUCACUUUUGGCCAGCACGCAGAGGCACUAAAAGACUGAAAUGUGCAAAAUUAAGUCAACCGCUGUUUUCCCUUCAAUUCUCUUGUGUUCACGAGUAUGUCAUUUACGUCAGCUCAAUGAUGUGCUUUUUUUUCGUAAUCACAAAUGGGGUGUGGUUGCUUACUGAAGGGAUGUUAGUGGGGUAAAAUAAACAUGCUUAGUCAAUAUGCCAAUGACAUAUGGAUAGUGAAAUACGAUUUUUAAAAAAGUGAAAGAUAAUGCUGGGAUGAAAGAUGUUUUUAAAGACCCUGCAAAAUCAUUAAAAAAAAUGUAAUACAUUAAAUAUGUUGGAAGAUAAAGUGUUGAAAAUGUGGAAAGACUGAGACUUUGUCUUGUCAGAGUUUUGUUGAAGCAUACAUUUUACUUUUACUUAUUUACGUUAAGAAGUAACUGUACUUGUACUCCAUUACAAUAAUCUAUAUGCCGUUCGCUACUUUCAUUUAUCGAUAAUUGCAUGCGCGAUCUAUUUUUUGACUUUGGUUUUCAAUUUCCGCAUCGGGCGCUGUUGCUCCAAUCCACUGAUAACCACCGAUGUGACAGGCAGACAGUAGUCAAGACUUUUUUUUUGUAGAUACAAGCAAGCAAUCACAAAGUUGUCAAUACAAAUCCACAAAGCAGUUGUGUGUCACAGUAUGUUAUACAGUUCAAAAGUGGUGGUGUAAAUAAAAAGCAGAUGAACAACUGA